AGUGAUUCUUUUGGGAUUUUCAGAAGUGUUCUGUGAAUGCUCCUUUCACUUGUCGUGCACCUUCGCGAGCUGUACAGUUAUUUCGCGAUGUUCAGCUGUCACAGAGUGACGGAGUACCUCCAUUGGCUCCGGCCCGGGGGUACUGGCUCUGGCUCCAAAACGCCGUCCGGCAUUUCCCUCAGGGUUCAGGCGGAGCUGGACAGCUCCUUGCCGGCGCUCAGCGCAGCGAUCAGAGCCCUGAAGUGUGCUACUGACUCCCGGGACAGUGACGAGAUCUUGCGCGCCGUAGCCAGUGUCCUCCAGCUGGUAGAAGAAGCAUGGCUCCUGCCCACCAUCGGACGGCAGGUCGCCGAUGAAAUCUGUAAUAAAAUCCGCCUUGAUGGAGGCUUGGAGCUCAUUCUGCAGCUGAUUCAGGCACCGGAUAUAGAAAUCACGUACGCAGCUGCCCGGGUGCUUGAGCAAAUACUGGUUGCAGAGAACAGGGACUACAUGGCUAGGAUGGGCCUCGGGGUGAUCCUGAACCUGAGCCGCCAGCAGAGGGACCCUCAGCUGGUUCACAGUGUGUCUGGCAUCCUGGAGCACAUGUUCAAGCACUCGGAGGAGACAUCCUGCCAGCUCAUCGAUAACGGGGCACUGGACGCCUUGCUGUUUUGGUGCCGGGGCAAGGAUUCCCGGGUUCUGCGUCACUGCGCUGUGGCACUGGCUAAUUGCGCCAUGUACGGUGGGCACAGCUGUCAGCGUCUGAUGAUCGAGAAGCAAGCAGCCGAGUGGCUUUUCCCACUGGCGUUCUCUGAGGAGGACAAGCUGAUCCGUUUCCAUGCCUGCCUGGCUGUGGCCCUCCUGGCAGCUAACCGGGAACUGGAGAAGGAGGUGGUGCGCUCAGGGACACUGGAGCUUGUAGAGCCCUUCAUCUCAUCACUGGACCCUGAUGAAUUUGCCCAGGCCCUGCAGGACAGUGCUGACUGCAUGCAGGGCCGUACCGCUGCUGACCUGCAGCACCUGCUCCCCCUGCUGGACGGAACGCGAGCUGAGGGGAAGUGCAUCGCAGCCUUCUACCUCUGUGUGGAAAGCAGUAUUAAGUCGCAUCAGGGCAAUACCAAGAUAUUCCAUGAGAUUGGCGCGGUGCAGAGCCUGAAGCGCAUUGUCAUGUACUCGGGAAACGGCACUGCCAGGCGCCUGGCCACACGGGCACUCGCCAUGAUGUCUGAGGAGGUCCCACGCCGCGUUCUUCCCUCCGUGGCCAACUGGAAGAGCGGUGAAGUGCAGAAGUGGCUGAAGCAGAUCGGCUUCAGCGCCUACUGCGAGCGCUUCCAGGAACUCCAAGUGGAUGGAGACCUGCUACUUAACAUCACGGAUCAUGAUCUCUGCCACGACCUGGGCAUGUCACAAUGCUUGGCUCGCAAGAGGUUCAUCAGAGAACUUCGAGUCCUGAAAACCUAUGCCGACUACUCGAUGUGUGACCCCAACAACCUGGCGGACUGGCUGGCCAUCGUGGACCCGACUUUCCGGCAGUACACCUAUGGUCUGGUCCAGUCCAGGGUGGACCGCCAGAACUUGCUCCAGAUCACAGACCAGCAGCUUGAGUCUGAUUGCCAUGUAGCAAACGGCAUCCACCGGGCCAAGAUUUUAUCUGCGACUAGGCGCUUCUCCAAGCCAAGUCUUGUCGAUUCUGGGCCGGAUGGCCCGGAUGUCUUCAUCAGUUACAGGAGGACCACUGGCUCCCAACUGGCCAGCCUGCUGAAGGUACACCUGCAGGUGCGAGGCUUCAGUGUUUUCAUUGAUGUGGAGAAACUGGAGGCGGGGAAGUUUGAGGAGAAGCUGGUCCAGAGCGUCCAGCGAGCAAGGAACUUCAUCCUGGUGCUAUCGGCCAAUGCGUUGGACAAGUGUAUGGGGGAUGAUGCCAUGAAGGACUGGGUGCACAAGGAAAUAGUCAUGGCAUUGAACAGCCAGAAAAAUAUUGUUCCCGUCAUCGACAGCUUCGUGUUUCCUGAGCCUGGCACUUUGCCAGCUGACAUGAGGCCCAUUCUCAACUUCAAUGGCAUUCAGUGGUCUCAUGAAUAUCAGGAGGCGACCAUCGAGAAAAUCCUACGCUUCCUGAAGAGACCCACAAGCCAUGACCAGGUGGAUUGCCAGGAGAGCGCUCAGGAAUCACCAAGGCCUUAGUGUGGACUGGAUCCACCCUGGCAUUGUGUUCCCUGACCGCAUCGCUUGUAAUCCUGCCCUCUCUAGAUCUGCUUUGAACAUGCUCACCACUCUGAUCCCAAUAGGCCAGUCUCUCCAUUAGGAAAUUUAGGCUGUUGUCUGUGCAUGUUGUGAAAUUUCUACUGGUGGAGACUGGCAAACUUCACCUUUCUCUCAGGAAUCUAAAGAUAGAAACCUUGUGCCUCUGAAAACCCCAAGCUGUAUAAAUAGCAGAGUUACCUACCCUGCCUUAAAUGCCCUACUGUUAAAGGUCAUUCGCCUGUGAAUAUGUAUAUUGUGUCAGCAUUGUCAUCCAGUUCUACUCCUGAACUGUUUGAGCAUAGGUGUGAUUUGUACCCCCCUCAAUGGUGCUGAAACUAACUAAUGGCAGACAUCCAUCCAAAAUGUGUCCAUUUUAUAAUACUGUAUGACAUUCAAAUAGUGCCCGACAAAAGUCUUGUCACUUAACCAAGUUGUAGGAACAACAUAUAAUAACUUGACCUGUAGUUAAUCAGUUGGAAUCAGAAAUGGCUUAUAAGAAAGGCAAAGCCCUCUAGAUUAUGCUUA